GUUUAUUGUUUUGAAAUUAUUGAAAUAACAUUUUUUUAUAGAUUCAGCUAGAGCAAGACUUUUACCAGGUUCUUUACCUUCAAAAAAUUUACCAAAAAGGAGUGUUCAAACAUCUAGUUCCUUAGCAAUAUCAAAACUUCCAACAUUGAGUAUUGAGUUGAAAAAAGAUUGCUGUGAAAUUGACAAAGUUCAAAAUGAUGUACAUUUUUUUUAUAAAUCGUUUUCAGAAUUUGUAGAUUGUGUCAGCACCCUUAUGUUGGAAUCAUGGGAACUUGUUAUAUCAAAAGAUUUAGUCAAAGUUUUCAAAUUAGAUAAUAUUCACCUACAACCCCAAUAUGAAGUAUAUAUUCAACCUAGCCUAUUAUUUACAAUACGAUCUUUUGCUUGGAACUUACCAGAUAAGCAUGAGAUAUAUUCUAAUUAUAACAAAUCAGUUAAAAACAUUACUUUAUCGAAUAUUAUUACUCUUUUAUCAACUUACUCAUUAUGUCAGGGUGUUGCCUUUGGUUCAAAUAUUUUUAAAAAGCAUAUUCUUACAAAGUUGUACAACCCAAGUGUUUCUUCAAUUACUACAUUUGAGACUAAAUUUAACAGGUCAACUUUGUGUUUAUUAUUGAUAAAAUCUGGUAAUAUUUGUAAUGAAUGUAAAACUUUGGAAUUGUCACAUAAUAAUAAACAUCUUAAGGCUGUAAAACGUAAAGCUGAAACAAUCACAAAACCUGCUCAAUUGAAUGCCCCAAUUUCAUUUACUUCACCUGAUAGAAUUAAACUUACUUUGCAAAACUAUCGAUCUGAAAAUGCUUUUUUAAAACAAGAAAUAAAAAUUAUGCAAGAAGAAAUUCAAAAAAAUUCAUUUCAAGUAACCUCUGACCUUGAUGAUGAUAUGAAAAGUCUAAUGUCAAAUGCUUUUUCAAAAUAUGUUUCACCAUUUAUGAAGUUCUUUUGGAAUAAGCAACAAAAAUACUUAUUAUCAAAUCCAACAUCUGUUCGAUAUCAUCCUAUGAUUAUACGGUAUUGCCUAAGCCUUUGUGCAACGUUUCCUAGCGCAUAUGAGGAUAUUCGCUUUGAUAAAAAGUCUGGUACUGGUUUUCUUGUAUUACCAAGUCGUCGUCGUCUUCGUGACUACAAGAAUUGUAUUCAUCCUUAACAUGGUUUCAAUCCUGAUAUUGUAAAGUAGUUGAAAUCAAAAGUAAAAGAUUUUAGUGAAAUAGAAAAAUAUAUUGUAUUGUUGUUUGAUGAAAUUAAAAUUCAAGAAAAUCUUGUAUGGGAUAAACUCACAGGAGAAAUUAUAGGAUUUGUUGACCUUGGUGAUAUUGGUUUAAACUAUGCAACUUUACAAAAAGUUGAUGCAGUAGCAACUCAUGUUCUAGUAUUUAUGAUACGCAGUAUAGUUAACCCUUUUAAGUUUACACUAGCUAAUUUUGCCACACUUUGAAUAUCAUCUGCCCAAAUUUUUCCAUUAUUUUGGAAAGCUGUUGCUUUAUGUGAACUGGAAUGUAAGUUCAAAGUUAUAGCAACAACUUGCGAUGGUGCUGCUCCUAACCAAAAAUUUUUAAAAAUGCAUUCACGUUUAUCUAAUUUUAAUGAUAAAAAAGAUGUAGAUGUCACUUAUAAAACUAUUAAUCUAUAUUGUCCUGAAAGGUAUAUUUACUUUAUAUCUGACCCCCCACAUCUUCUUAUGACAACAAGAAACUGUAUUUUUAGCUCUGGCUCUGGUAAAUGUACUAGAUACAUGUGGAAUGAUGGUUUAUACAUUCUAUGGAGUCACAUAGCAGACAUUUUUAAAGAAGACCAAACAUGUGGUUUCCAUCCAAAAUUAUCAUAUGAUCACAUAAAAUUAUCAUCUUAUUCUAUUAUGAACAUCAAAUUGGCAGCUUAAGUUCUUAGCAAUACUGUGAGUAAAGUCCCUCUUAAUUAAGGAUCUUCAGAUGCUUUUGCCACUGCUAACUUUUGCUCAAUGAUUGACAGUUUUUUUGAUAUUAUGAAUAUUAGUAAUCCUAUGGAAUCAAUUCAAAAGUCAAAGCCAUUCUUAAUCCCAUUUUCUUCUAUUGACGUCUAUCGUUUUAACCGGCUUAAAACAGAAUUUUGCCAUAUUUCCAAAAGUGGUUAAAUUCCAUCAAUAACCGUCAAGGUAACUUUACUCUAAAUGAUAAAAGUAAAAUGUUUAUAUUGUGGCAAACCUAUGAAGGGAUUAAAUUUACUGUUAAUUCUGCUGUUGAGUUGAUAAAAUUUUUACUUUCUAAUGGUGUGUCUUAUGUAUUAACAGAAAGAUUUUGUCAAGAUCCACUUGAAAAUUAUUUUGGACAUCAACGCCAAAUUGGUUCUCGCAAAGAUAAUCCAUUUGUCCGUGAUUUUGGCUAUAAUGAUAAUACCAUUGGGAAUCAAAAAGUCUUCCGACCUAUAAAAGAUGGUAAUUCUAAGGAAGAGGUUCAUUUUGAAAUUAAUGAAGAGCGCCAGUACCAUGCAGAAAGCGAAUAAAAACUUCUCUAUAAUACACUUAUUUAAAAUGGCUAUUUUCAUACCCACAAAUUGUUAAACACAUUAUUGGCUGAAUGAACAGAUACUUCAUGACCCAAUAUUGAUUGAUUUGAUCAAUAAAAGAUAAAUAAAUUUAAAUAAUUUUAUAUUGGGUUGUAAUUAUAUAAAAAAAUUUCUCGCUUGAAUAGUGUCGACCCUGCUGAUAACGCAAGGUCAACACUAGUGUAGUAGACAAUUUGAGGCUAAAAUUUCAUAAUUAUUAACUAAAGUUAAAAAAAUGUAAAUAGA